UAGAUUUUGUUUUGAAUAUUUAGUUAAUAUUCAUCGCUUGCCCAGACAAUACUGAGAAUUUGUUGUCGUUUUUAAUAACAAAAUCUGACGGUCGGCCAACGAUCUCAAUUUCAUUUUCAAUAUGAAGUGCUAUUCGGUGGUACUGUGGUUUGUAAUUAUCUAUUGUUUGUGGUCACACGUUAAGGCUGAUGGGUUAAUGGAGGUGUUCAAGUGGAAGCAAAUUGACUUUUACAAUCGGGGAAGUAAUCCUCAGCUAUUGUCUGCAACAACGAAACCGCCAUCAAAUUACCGAAAUCCAGGUAUAAUUUACUUUCCCGGUCAAUAUCACGGUGUCAGAAGCCGCCGUCAAUCUGGUACCGAAAGGGAGGAACAUUCAUACAUACCCUAUAAUAAUGUUCCCAUGGGCGUGACACACUACAAAGGGCGUCUUUUUGUCACAAUGCCACGUAGAAGAGUGGGAAUACCUUCUACUUUAAAUUACAUUGACAUGAAUGCAGAUGAAAGCAUGAAAAGUCCAAAAUUAAAGGCAUAUCCAGAUUUUGAAACAAAUCAAUUUGUGGGUAAUUCUGGUAAUUUAGUUUCGGUGUAUCGUACCACAGUUGAUUCCUGUGGCCGUUUUUGGUUCAUUGACACUGGCAUGUUGGAAUACCCAAAUAAUCGCAUGCAAAUACAGAAACCAUCGAUUUGGAUAAUGGACUUGAAGACUGAUCGUGUUAUUCGUCGAUUCGAAAUUCCAGAAUCUAUAGUAACAGAAGGUCGUGGUCUUGCCAGUAUAACCGUUGAUACUGACAAAGGUUGCGAUAAGACCUUUGCCUAUGUACCAGAUUUGGUAAACAGUCAGCUAUAUGUCUAUAGUUACGAGAAAAAUGAAAUGUGGAGUUUCCAACACAACUAUUUCAACUUCGACCCGAUAGCUGGCGACUUAAACAUCGGUGGUCAAGUUUUCAGUUGGGAUGAUGGUAUAUUUUCCGUUGCUCUGGCACCUAAAAAUGAUGAUGGUUCUCGCAAUGUGUUAUUCCAUGCAAUGGCCAGUUACAAUGAAUUCGUCGUUUCCAAUGAAGUUUUACAGAAUUCUCCCCGCCCGGAGAGUAAUAGAGAAUUUCGUCUAUUAGGCAGCAGAGGUGCUGGGCGACAAUCAACCAUGCAUGAAUAUGAUCCACGAACCGGAGUUGUAUUUUAUGCUGAAAUUCAACGCAAUGGAGUUGGUUGUUGGAAUACUCAAAAGCCUUUUAAUCCUUCAAACCAUGGAACAGUGGCUCAAGAUGAACAGCGCAUGAUUUAUCCUAGCGAUUUGACGAUUGACGAGGAUGGAACAAUGUGGGUCAUGACCAAUUCAAUGCCAAUUUUUAUUUAUUCUACAUUGGAUCCAAACGUUUACAAUUUCCGAGUUUGGAAGCAAAGUACCGAGGUUGCAAUUCGUAAUACUGUCUGUGCCUAGGGCUUUCUAGAUUUUUUAAGGAAUAAGUGCAGGGCUUUCAGCCAUUCUAGAAAGAGUAAAAAGCACAUAUUGAUAAAUAUACAACUCUUAUUAAUUUUAAAAAUUA